AUGCGAAAAGAAACAUUAUCGUGCUUUAUUCUUAUUAUUUCUCUUCCACAUAUAUACGGACAUGGGCGAAUGGAAGAUCCACCUGCUCGAAAUGCUGCAUGGCGUUUUGGUUUUAAUGUUCCCGCUAAUUAUGAUGAUGUUGGAUUAAAUUGUGGUGGAUUAAGUAUUCAGAAAGCAAAUGGUGGUAAAUGUGGUGUUUGUGGUGAUUCUUAUUCGGGCUCACGAGAUCAUGAAAUGGGUGGUAAAUAUUCAACGAAUGUUAUUGUUCGACGUUAUGCUGUUGGCUCCCUAAUUGAUGUAAAAAUUUUAUUAACCGCAAAUCACGUCGGAUUUAUGGAACUUCGCCUAUGUCCAUCGUACGAUUCAACUGUUGAAGUAACACAAGAGUGUCUAGAUAAAAAUCUUCUUUAUAUCGAUGGUUUUGGUACACAAUAUCCAGUGAAUGAAGGAAUAGAUUCAAUUUUUUUAAGAGCUCAUUUGCCACCUGGUUUAUCCUGUUCUCACUGUGUAUUACAAUGGCGUUAUCAUGCAGGAAAUAGUUGGGGCACAGAUUUUAUUUCAGGCAAAUCGUGUCUGGGUUGUGGCCAUCAAGAAGAAUUUUACAACUGUGCUGAUAUUAGUAUUGCUUCCAACGAUGAUAAUAGUGAUUAUGAUAAUGAUAAUAAUCAUAUAAUACUAGCAUUGUCAGAAACAACUACAAUACCUCAACCAUUUCUUCUUUUUCCAUAUAACGAUCCGGUUGUUUUUCCUUCGGACUAUGAACGCUUUCCUAUGUUUGACUAUUCAACGACAACUACGCCACCGCCACCACCAACUACUACUCCUGUGACGAUCAAUCUUAUACAUCCAUUGAGUCCACCGAACGAAUUUCUCCAGCAAAUGAAUAAAAAUAAUAAAAUCCGCCGAUGUUAUCCAACCAACGAAAUUCUUAAACCAAUAAUUGGUAUCGAAAAUUGGUGUUUGCAUUUAUGUGCUGUACAUUGUCCACCAUCAUUAUGUGCUUGUGUCGAAAUAUAG